CUGGCUUGCCUUGCCUUGCCUUGGUGCGGCGGCCUGUGGGCCCCGUCCGAUUUGGCCCUUCCGGUGCAUCCUUAGCUUCUGGGUGUCUGCGUCGCGAAGGCUGUGCUGUGAGAGAUACAAAGAAUGGAGUCAAAACCCUCAAGAAUUCCUCGAAGGAUCUCUCUUCAGGCCUCUGGCUCUUCACUAGGGUCUAGAACAUUGACUGGAAACAGUUUAGCUGGUGCAUACAGUGCAAGAGAACCUUCAUGGAGAUUAGAAUCUGGAUACCAGGAAUCCAGUGUAUUGAAUAGUUCCAGUAGAGAUUGGGGUAUUGGAGAAAGAGACACCCGUGAAACUCCUUGGAAGCUUACAACAUCCUCUCCAACUCACUACUCAGGGACACUUGAUCAUCCACAUUCUGGAAGAUUUUUGGGAAGCAGGAGCAGAUUGUCUACAUCAUCUUCCUCUCAUUUCACAUCUGGGUGUUAUGGUGACUCUGAGAGAACUCAGGGAGCAUAUUCAAGACUCCAUGGCCAGCAGCGAGAUAGUGAUUCAAAGAGACCUAAGCUAUCUUGUACAUCUACCUCUUCUGUGAGAAAUAAUGGCUUGACUGCCUUUUCAGAUUCUUCUUGGAGGUGCAGUAGGAUUCCUAGAUCUUCAUCAGUGAUGCUUGGUUCCCUUGGAACUGAGCUGGUGAGAGAACGAAGAGAGUUGGAAAGAAGAACAGAUCUGUCUGUUAAUAAUCUGGUGGAUCACAGCUACAGAAACAGUGACUUUUCAUCUGCAACAUAUCUUCAAGACAGGCCUGCCUCUUCGUAUGCAGAGGGAGCAAGACCAAAAGAGAACUCAAUAAGCACUUUGAGGCUGAAUGCAUCCAUGAACCGCCAGUUGCCUUCUGAUCAUCAGCCAUCUCUUUUCAACAGAGACUCUAACAUGAGCUCUUCAAGAUUCAGCUAUUCCUCAAGGCAAAGGAGAAAUGAAUUGGAAUCUCCCCAGAGGAGCAUGCAGCCAGCAUUUUCUCUUACUGCCAUUAGAGAUGAAACUCCUUCUUCAAGUGGUUCUGAAAGGGUUUUAUCUUCUCAGAGGUCAUUGAAUGAGCCUGCAGCUGAUGGUGAAGGGAGGCGCACAACCAGACAGCUUCUGUCUCGUUUAGCAUCUAGUAUGUCAUCUACAUUCUUCUCUCGAAGGUCUAGCCAAGACUCAUUGCAUACCAGAUCAUUAGGCUCUGAAGAGUCAACAGUAGUCCCGAGAGUUCAAGCUUCUGCUCUGUCGAGCAGUAAUGGAGCUGCAACUCCAGAAGUUCCAGGACUUCAGACAUCUGAAGCUUCUCAGGGAUUUAGUUUUCUUAGACGAAGAUGGGGUUUAUCAGGAGUUUCACAAAAUCAUAGCUCUGAUUCAGAUGGGGAGAGUUACAGACCAGACUCUGAAAGCAGGAGUACAGGAUCCUGGUUAUCAUCAUCUUUGAGGAAUAGAUGUACACCGCUCUUUUCCAGAAGAAGAAGAGAAGGGAGAGAUGAAUCGGCAAGGAUCUCGACCUCUGAUACAACUGCUAGAUCACAACAUAUCUUCAGAAGAAGAGAGUCAGGUGAGGAGACCUCUCUUCAAGCAUCAGAUAUCCCUCCUUGGGCUUCUGUUAACAGACCACCAACACCUGCAGUAUCUGGUAUUCCUACAGCUACUGCCUCCCCACCAGAUUCAACCCACAGUAGGAGAAGUUCUGGAAUUCUGCCUGGUUCUCUCUUUCGCUUUGCAGUGCCUCCAACAUUAGGAAACAGUCUGUCUGACAAUCUUAUGAUAACUGUAGAUAUUAUUCCCUCUGGCUGGAAUCAGUCUGAAGGACAAGAAAGUAGCAAAUCUAAAAUACCACCAUCAAGAGACCCAGAAAGACUCCAGAAAAUUAAAGAGAGCCUGCUUUUAGAAGAUUCUGAAGAUGAGGAGGGUGACUUAUGCAGAAUCUGUCAGAUGUCCUCAUCAAGUUCUGACAACCUUUUAAUAGAGCCAUGCAAGUGCACUGGAAGUCUGCAGUAUGUUCACCAGGAGUGCAUGAAAAAAUGGCUGCAGUCCAAGAUUAAUUCAGGUUCUUCUUUGGAAGCAGUAACAACUUGUGAACUGUGCAAGGAGAAGUUGCAUCUGAAUCUGGAAGACUUUGACAUUCAUGAACUCUAUAGGGCACAUGCAAAUGAACAAGCAGACUAUGAAUUUAUCAGCUCUGGUCUCUACCUUGUAGUGUUGUUACACUUAUGUGAGCAGCGCUUUUCUGAUAUGCUAGGAACAGCAAGUGAGGCCAGCACACGUGUUAGAUUUAUUAACCUUGCAAGAACUCUUCAGGCACAUAUGGAAGAUAUUGAAACUUCUGAGGACGAUUCUGAAGACUGAUGCUGUUAGAACUUUAAUACUGCAAGAGACAAAUGGAAUUGCUGCGGAAAUGCUGAAUUGGCAAGAACAACAUCAACAUGCAUUUGAAUUUUUCCUCUCCUUAGUAAAAAGUGUAUUGAAUAUUA